AUGUGUCCUCUCCAACGCCCAAGGCCCCUUUUGCAGCCGACAACCACCACCUCAAAUUCCUCCGGUUUCUCUUCAGUACCACAUUCCCACGCACAAGCUCCCUUCGACUCAUUUCUUUGCUACUCUCAUAGUCCGAUCGUUCUCUCUCCGUCUAUCUAUCUUUAAUACGUGUUCUUUUUUUUGAAAAAAUAAGAAAGAUGGUAGUGUUUCCCUCGUCUUCUGUCAAGCCUAGGUGGAAUGGUGUAGGUUCAUACUGACGUUUUCUUUUGUCCUCCACGUUACAGUCUUCCUCCCCUCGCGCGACUUCCCCUACCGCCGCCGCCUCCGGAUCUGAAGGUGGUGCUCGCUCAGCUAGACCUUCAUCGCCUACUCCCCCUGGUGGACCCAAGACCGCCAUCCGCCGACGAAAUGCCGCUGACAGAGCCGCGCAGGCGGCAAAUGCCCGUCCGGCCAGCACCAGAGCUGCUGGAGCUGGAGGCAGCUCUAGCACUAUGUUGAGUACGUUUGUUCUCUUCCUUCCUUUCUUCCUUCCCGAUGAAAAGGGCGUGAAAGUGCUGGUGGUUGGCAGUGUGCUAAUUAGUUUUUUAUUUUUUUAUUUUUAGAGCUCUACACCGAUGAAUCUCCCGGACUCAAGGUUGAUCCUGUUGUCGUUUUGGUCCUCAGCUUGGGCUUUAUCUUCAGUGUUGUUGCUAUGCACGGUAAGCCCUUAUGCUUGGUAUCUUGGGAGUUUUUUCUCUUUUCGUGAACCUAGUGGCUUACUACUGUUGCUAUUGUAGUCAUUGCCAAGAUUAGCAGGAAAUGGGCGGUUUAAGAUUGAUCGGUAUUCUUUUUUUCUUUUCUCGGGCUCUCUUUUUCUAAAACGGUUGGAAUGUGGGUGAUUGGUGCUGGGUAGGGGGUUUACUUGUGUACAUCGGGCUGCUGAAUAUAUAAUUGAGACAAAAGC